ACUACAUCUCCCAGAACGCUCCGGGAACGGCGCCUGCGCGGUGAUAAAGUCGCACCUGAGGGAAAGCGAGAGGGGAGGAGGGAGCCGCCGCCAUCUUGUGUGAGGGAGCGACCGGACCAGCCAGGGAGGAAGGAGGAGGGAAGCAGCGAGUCAGCCGCCGACCUACCGUGGAGGAGCCGCCAUGAACCCCGAGUAUGACUACCUGUUCAAGCUGCUUCUGAUUGGCGACUCUGGUGUGGGGAAGUCCUGCCUCUUGCUACGGUUUGCUGAUGACACCUACACAGAAAGCUACAUCAGCACCAUCGGGGUGGACUUCAAAAUCCGCACGAUCGAGCUGGACGGCAAAACCAUCAAACUGCAGAUUUGGGAUACAGCCGGGCAGGAACGGUUCCGCACCAUCACCUCCAGCUACUAUAGAGGGGCGCAUGGCAUCAUUGUGGUCUACGACGUAACGGAUCAGGAAUCCUACAACAACGUGAAGCAGUGGCUGCAGGAGAUCGAGCGCUACGCCAGCGAGAAUGUCAACAAGCUCCUGGUGGGCAACAAGUGCGACUUGACCACAAAGAAGGUGGUGGACUACACGACUGCCAAGGAAUUCGCCGAUUCCCUCGGGAUCCCCUUCCUGGAGACCAGCGCCAAGAACGCCACCAACGUGGAGCAGUCGUUCAUGACCAUGGCGGCCGAGAUCAAGAAGCGCAUGGGCCCCGGGGCGACGGCUGGAGGAGACAGACCCAACCUGAAAAUCGACAGCACUCCGGUCAAACAGGGAGGCGGCGGCUGCUGCUGAGGAGGAGGAGGGACAUAUGAUUGUAGGGGUGGGGGGAAGCGGGGCCUGGGGCAGGCUGGGGAGAGGGAGCCUGCUCCUCCCCAACUACUGUCCGGCCCCCUUCCCCUGCCUUUUUUUUUCCUUCUCCGAAGGUGGCUUUCCCGGAUGAUACCUCGGCGGAGGGGGACGGGGCCUCCCUCCCCUUCCAGCUCAGCUGCUCCGAGCGCCGUUGAGCACCCUCAGCCUGUUCUUUGGGUUUUGUUUUGGGCUUUUUUUGUCAUUUAACUCUGGGGGGUGGGAGGGGGGCGUGGGCUCUGUACAGUACGAAAGCUUCCCCUCACGGGAGGGCGGGGGAGAGACGAUUUUGUGCUCGCCCGCCAUACCCCGCUAUCGGUAAGGCCGGGGCGACAGUCGGUUCUCUUUGUCUUUUGAGCACUCCCUUUCUUGUCCUUCUCGACUUCUCCCCACAAUCCGGUCCCUUCCUGUCCAGAUCUUUCUCUUUUUUUUUAUAUCCCAGGCAAGAGCGUCUACCGGUUUCCCCUUUCGUCUCCUGUUUGCCGCCCCGCAGAUCUUCCUGGCUGUGAUGCGGCCGGGCCGGGAUUUCUGUCCACUCCCCUUCUCCCCCCUCCGCUGGCGGUUGGCUGGCCAGCGGUAGGCGAAGGACAGGGGCGCGUGCGUUCUCGUGUUUUGCCUCUCUCCAGGCCCCACUGGGGAAGGCUCUGUGGCUCAGCCCAUGGGCAUCUUCACGUUCAUCCUCCCGUCCCCCCCCCCCCCCGCAUGUCGUCGCUGCGUCCCUCCUUGCCCACUAACGGGGAUCAGGCGCCUUCCCUCUCGAGCCCUCUUUUCCUUUCUUGCCCUUCUCCCAGGCCCGCUUUGCUCGUUCCUCGUCUUGCAUCUCUGCCGUUUGUUCCUGAAACGUUCCUCUCAGGGCACCUGGUUCCACCCCUUCUUCCUGCCCCCCUCCCCGCCUUUCCAUCGCCAUCAAAGAUGGACUUCGUGCUAGUCUGCAAUGAAGGGGAAUGGAGGUACCGUCACUCCUCACUAGCACAGAUUCCUGCCCCGAGCACAGGCUCAGUGAGAGACGUGUGUUGCCGAGACCCAAAUCUGAGCUGGGGGGCGCCGUGGGAAGGGAGAGGGGGCAUCUUCCCAGCCCCUGCAUUCUGGAGCGGAUGAAUGUACCUUGGACAGCUGGGUGACCUCCACCCCUUCUCCCCUCUUUGUAAGGCACCUCUCACACCACUCCUGGGCCUGUGGCCAGCUAUCGCUCACAUUGCCCACCCCACCCGCAUACUUUCUGUCCUAUAGCAGGGCCCCUCGCAAGCCCUUCCUUGACCAAAACCGAGGCCCGUCCGUCCCCUGGUGCUGGGCCCUGGCUCCCGAGAACACCGUCCUGCCGGUUUUUGAGCACCAGGAAGCUGCGUCCGCUCCCUCCCGUCCCCUGCCCGGAUCCCUGCACCGCUCACCCCUCCCGUCUCGUCACCUCCCCACUCCCCUUAUUUAAAGAACGUCAGGUACCCCACUGGGCCAGGCAGUGGGCGGAAGGUUUUUGCUUGUCGGCUUUGGUCUUUUUUUUCCACAAGUGAAAUUACAAAUAUGAAUGAGAGGGGGGG